AGGAGGAGGAAGCACAGUGCCUGCAUCAGCAACACUGCAGUGAGAGGGGACAGCACGCAGGCUGAAUGAUGCUCUGCUACCACAGCCAAGGCACAUAGAGAGGCAAGAAAGGAGGGUGAGCAGCCCUAGGGACGGAUGCUUAAAUACAAGCUGUGCCACAUACAACUGAGUCAGGAGAACUGUAUGUAUCUUGGCCUUUUUGGCCCAACGUGCAAGCUUGAAGCUGUGUGUGUGGCACGACCCCCGGAGCUGUACAGGGCACCCCUUGAGGAGUGAGGGAGGCUCAGGAUGGCACAGGCUGCCAAGCAACUAAAGAAGAUCAAGGAUGUGGAGGCACAGGCACUGCAGGAACAGAAAGAAAAAGAGGAAUCGGAUCGCAAAAGAAGGAGCCGCUCCCGGGACCGCAAGAAAAAGGCUGAUGCAGCAACCAGCUUCCUUCGAGCGGCCAGAGCUGGGAACUUGGACAAAGCAUUAGAUCAUCUAAGGAAUGGAGUGGAUAUAAACACAUGUAACCAGAAUGGGCUGAAUGCCUUGCACCUCUCAAGUAAAGAGGGCCAUGUCAAAAUGGUGACUGAGCUGUUACACAAAGAUAUUGUGCUGGAGACCACCACCAAGAAAGGGAACACAGCGUUGCACAUUGCGGCCCUAGCGGGCCAGGAAGAUGUGGUGCGGGAACUUGUUAAUCACGGGGCCAAUGUUAACAGCCAGUCUCAGAAAGGCUUCACCCCUCUGUAUAUGGCAGCUCAGGAGAAUCAUCUUCCUGUGGUAAAGUUUUUGCUGGAGAAUGGAGCCAAUCAAAACCUGGCUACAGAGGACGGCUUCACUCCACUGGCUGUAGCUCUGCAGCAGGGCCAUGAGAAUGUGGUUGCUUACCUAAUCAGUUAUGGGAUGAAAGGGAAAGUACGACUUCCGGCACUGCAUAUUGCAGCUCGGAAUGAUGACACGCGGACAGCUGCUGUUCUUCUACAAAAUGACCCCAAUGCAGAUGUGCUAUCAAAGACAGGAUUCACGCCCCUGCACAUCGCCGCGCACUACGAGAAUCUCAAUGUUGCACAGCUACUGCUGAAUCGGGGAGCAAAUGUUAAUUUCACUCCUCAGAAUGGCAUCAGUGCACUCCAUAUAGCCUCCCGCCGUGGUAACGUUAUCAUGGUGAGAUUGUUAUUGGAUCGUGGUGCUCAAAUAGAUGCUUGCACUAAGGAUGAGCUGACCCCUCUACACUGUGCUGUACGAAAUGGACAUGUCAGAAUUUCUGAGAUUCUGCUGGAUCAUGGGGCCCCUAUUCAGGCAAAGACCAAGAAUGGUCUGUCUCCAAUUCACAUGGCUUCCCAGGGGGAUCACCUGGAUUGUGUGCGACUCCUGCUCCAGUACCAGGCACAUAUCGAUGACAUAACACUGGAUCACCUAACUCCGCUGCAUGUGGCGGCUCACUGUGGUCAUCACCGAGUGGCCAAACUCCUGUUGGACAAGGGAGCCAAGUCAAAUGCAAGAGCCUUGAAUGGCUUCACACCCCUACACAUUGCCUGUAAGAAAAGUCACAUUAGAGUCAUGGAACUUCUCCUGAAAUCUGGAGCCUCUAUCGAUGCAGUAACAGAGUCUGGUCUCACCCCUCUCCAUGUUGCCUCAUUUAUGGGCCAUUUACCCAUUGUGAAAACAUUACUUCAGAAAGGAGCAUCUCCUAAUGUCUUCAGUGUGAAAGUGGAAACCCCCCUUCACAUGGCAGCACGAGCCGCUCAUACGGACGUUGCAGACUUUUUAAUACAAAAUAAAGCAAAGGUCAAUGCAAGAGCAAAGGAUGACCAGACACCUCUUCACUGUGCUGCCCGCUCUGGUCACUAUGAAAUGGUGCGAUUGCUGCUUGAAAAUGGAGCUCACCCUGAUCCCCCAACUACAGCAGGUCACACACCUCUGCACCUUACUACCCGUGGGGGCCACACACAAACUGCAGAGCUCCUCUUGGAUAACCAAGCAGCACACACUUCCAUGACCAAGAAAGGAUUCACUCCUCUACACGUGGCUGCCAAAUAUGGGAAGAUUCAAAUAGCAGAACUCCUACUGGAGAGAGAGGCGCAUCCUAACAGCGCUGGCAAGACCGGCCUGACCCCUCUUCAUGUUGCCGUGUAUCACAAUCACCUGAACAUUGUAAGGCUUCUCCUGAAUAAGGGGGCAUCUCCACACUGCACAGCACGGAAUGGAUACACACCUCUACAUAUGGCAGUUAAGCAACGCUCUGUGGACACGGCCCGGGCUCUCCUUCAGUUUGGUGCAACGUGCAAUGCGCAGUCCUUGCAGGGGGUCACACCUCUGCAUCUUGCUGCUCAGGAGGGACAUGGGGAUAUGGUGACUCUGCUGCUCAGCAAGCAGGCAAAUGUGCAUCUAGGAAAUAAGAGCUCUCUCACGCCUCUCCAUCUUGCUUCUCAAGAGGGGCAUUUGAACAUAGCCGAGGUCUUGGUAUCACAUGAUGCAUCUGUUGCCGCAGAAACAAGGAUGGGGUUUGCUCCGCUUCACGUUGCGUGCCAUUAUGGGAACAUCAAGGUGGUGAAGUUUCUUCUGCAGCACCAGGCUAAUGUUAAUGCUGUCACAAAGUUAGGCUUCACCCCUCUCCAUCAGGCUGCCCAGCAGGGACACACAGACAUCGUCACCCUCCUCUUGAAAAAUGGAGCCUGCCCAAACCAAGCCAGCAUGAAUGGGAUAACACCCUUGGCCAUAGCAAAACGACUCGGAUACAUCUCAGUGACAGACGUCCUGAGUCUGGUGACAGACGGACCACAUAUUCAGCUAGCCAACGAAAGGCACAGAAUGAGCUUCCCUGAAACAAUGGAUGAGCCGAUGGAUGUGUCGGAAGAUGAAGGAACCCCCCACCUGCCUCUUCAUGCAGAUGAGCCUCCGUAUUUCCGAGCCGCUCCGCCGGGCCUCCGUGAUCCAGAUGAGGAGUUCCUAACAAAAACAGUCAGAUCUGAAUCCCCCCCCAUACCCAGAAUCCCACGUGUCACACCAGAGACAGAUGUUAUAAAAGAGGAUGACGCAGAACAGAAAGAAACUCCAGUGACUAUAACAAUCCAGUUAGAUGAGGAAUCACAGAUCCCCAGCAGCCCAGCUACAGAGACAUCGGAUAAUAUCAGUCCUGUGGCCAGUCCUGUUCACACAGGGUUUCUGGUCAGUUUUAUGGUGGAUGCUCGUGGUGGUUCUAUGCGUGGAAGUCGCCAUAAUGGCCUGCGUGUUGUUAUUCCCCCGCGUACGUGUGCAGCUCCCACACGGAUCACCUGUCGCCUAGUUAAGCCUCAAAAGCUCAGCACACCGCCUCCGCUGGGCGAGGAAGAGGGUCUGACCAGCAGGAUCAUCGCUUUGGGACCCACAGGCGCUCAGUUCCUCAACCCAGUGGUGGUAGAGAUCCCACACUUCUCCUCUGCGGGGCGUGGCGAUCGUGAACUCGUUGUUCUACGAAGCGACAAUGGGUCAGUAUGGAAAGAACAUCAGAACCGUUAUGGAAAGGCCUACCUGGAGGAUGCACUGAGUGGUAUGGACGAAGAACUGGAGAGUGAAGAGGAACUUCACAAGAAGCGGCUUUGUCGUAUCGUCACCACUGACUUCCCUUUAUACUUUGUUGUGAUGUCAAGAGUAUGUCAGGACUGUGAGCUCAUCGGCCCAGAGGGAGGGCCCCUGAAGAGCCGCCUAGUACCUCAGGUUCAGGCUACCUUUCCCCCAACUGCCGUCACCAAGAAAGUAAAGUUGUCUUUACAAGCUCAGCCUGUGCCAGAUGAGCUGGUGUCCAGACUGCUAGGUAACCAGGCUACUUUUAGCCCCAUUGUCACUGUGGAACCCCGCCGAAGGAAAUUUCACCGGCCGAUAGGCCUGCGCAUCCCCCUGCCACCAUCUUGGAAGGACAAUCCAAGGGAUAGUGGAGAAGGAGACACAACCAGCCUGAGGCUGCUUUGCAGUGUAACAGGCGGUACAGCCCCUGCACAGUGGGAAGACAUCACAGGUACCACUAAAUUGGUAUAUGCCAAUGAAUGUGCCAACUUCACCACUAAUGUAUCUGCCAGAUUUUGGCUGUCAGACUGCCCUCGUACAGCCGAGGCAGUGUCCUUCUCCACACAGCUGUAUAAGGAGCUUAGUGCAGUACCAUACACGGCACGUUUUGUGGUCUUUGCCAAAAUGUCCGAUGGGCGGGAGGGACGCCUUCGAUGCUACUGUAUGACUGGGGACAAAUUGGAGAAAACACUGGAACAGCAUGAAAAUUUCACGGAGGUAGCACGAAGUCGGGAUAUAGAGGUGCUCGAAGGGACAGAACUAUUUGUAGAGCUGUCAGGAAAUCUGGUACCCUUAAAGAAAGCAACUCAGCAAAGAAGUUUUAUUUUCCACGCAUUUAAAGAAAACAGAUUGCCGCUACCUAUUAAGAUUCGGGACAGCAGCCGGGAGCCAUGUGGAUCUUUGUCUUUCUUGCGCAAAUCCAUGAAAUAUGAAUCCUCCCAACAAGUUCUGUGUCACCUAAACGUCACAAUGCCACAAUAUACCCAGGGCCAAGGCAGCUUAGACAGAAGGAGGACGCUAACCCCACUAGCGCUAAGGGAAAGAUACAACCGACUGAACGACAGCACAAGGAGUUCUCUCAGUGGCAUUGACCGCCUUGAUAUGAAGAUGGCUGUAAUAUCAGAGCACCUGGGCCUCAGUUGGGCUGAGCUGGCCCGGGAGCUGCAGUUUGAGAUGGAUGAAAUCAACAGGAUUAGAGUGGAGAAUCCAAACUCAUUGCUUGAGCAGAGUGCCGCAUUACUCCAGUUAUGGGCAUCCCGCCAGGAUCCCAGUCCAAAGAUGGAGGACCUUUACACAGCACUAAGGAACAUUGAUCGAAAUGAGAUAGUCAACAUGCUUGAAGGGUCAGGUCGCCAAAGCAGGAGUUUAAAUGCAGACUGCCGCUACACCAACAGCGAUGGAUCCAUUUCCCCUUCCCUAAGGAAUGGUCACCCCUUGACGCAGGAUGAACUACUAUCCCCAGCAUCUCUCAACUACUCCCUUCCCUCCCCAUUACGACUGGAGCAAUACUGGAAUGAAGCGUCAAUUUUGGAUGGCGUCCCAAUGGCAACAGCUGAGCCUGAUGGGCUUUUGGACCUACCUGACCUUCCGCUCUGGGCCUCAGGCCUGUCUCCUUCCCUUGUGGCCCCAGAGGACUCAUCCCUAGAUUGCAGCAAGGCUGAGGACGAAUGGGAUCCUCCACCACGCCCUUCCUCAGGUUCCCCUGACUUGGAGGAGGAGGAGGCAGAAGCUGGAGGUCCAGAGAGGGUGCAGGCCAGAAUUACUGAAACACCCACUACAUGCUGGGUAUCGGGGAGCAGUGUUGAGAGGGUUCUGGACUGGACUGCAGAUGCUCCCGUGUCAUCUCCUUCGCUUUCCCCUCACCAUGAUAAUGGUGCCCCUGUGACGUAUGAAGAACUUCAUCCAACCUUCAAGGGUAGUUCAAGAAUCAGAGUUACACAGCAGAGUACAAUAUACACCGGAAGAGGAAAGGGGAACGAAGUCCCAGAUAUUCCUGGGGAACAGGUGACAGAGGAAGAGUUCACAGAUGAGCAAGGGAACAUUGUGACAAAGAAGAUAGUCCGGAAGGUUCUACGCAGAGUGGGUCCACCAGGAACCACAGAUUUAGGGGAUAAUGAGGACCUUUUGAUAGAGGGGACACUGCAGGAACCAGAAGACCUGGAAAGUGAAACCCCAAAUUACCUGAAGUAUGCUGUACUGCACCGAGAGGCAGAGGACGAAAAUGACACUGUGAGAUCAGAGGUCGCAGACGGGAGAAAAGGGGCACAGAUUGUGAAACGAGCCGGCACCAAACGGGUGCAACAGUGAAACCCAAAACUGGGACACCCCAAAUAAUGGGAAACGCCCAGAAUUACACUUCAAGUACAAGCUACUGAUGCUGACCCAACUGCCGUCUACUGCACCUCACAGAAUAUGAAUCGGUACAAAAUUUAAGCUGUUUUCGCUCAUCUAUAAACAGACGACACUCCCAAAGAACCCGAGGGACCCCUCCCAAGUGCGAAUCUGAUGCUCGCCCCGUAUGCUCACGGCAUGAAGACUUGCACCCUGCCUGUUACAAUGUAAUAUGCAUGUGAUGACAUUUGGGAAGUGGAGAGAGCUGCCCCCUUCCCCUGACCAUCAUUCAACCCAUUUGUCCUUCCUUUCCACCUCAUAUUUUUUUAACCCAAGCCAAGAGGGUAAUUUAUGAAAAAGUUUUAGAAAAGGGAAUAAACCCUUUCCAUUGUCCUUCUCAUCUCGUCUCAAGAGCUUUCCAUCUUUGGUACUAUAUGUGAAUGAGUACUGAGUAUAUCUAUACACUCUUCAGGCCCUCCUGAGCUAUUACAUUGGCUGCCUAUCGACAAACAGCAAUAGCAGUUACCCUAUGCCUUUGUAGGAGCUUUCCCAGAGGCCACAGGGCACAGCACAAUGUCGGUAGGGUAGACUCGGCAAGGUUUCUGCUUAUCGUAGGGCAUUUCUGCUUAGUUUUCUCUGAAGCGAAAGGGCUACAUGUCAGGUAUACACAGCAUCAUUUUGCAGGGAUAUACUCUCAUUUACAGAGGGCGACAAAGUGUAUGUAGAUACUCAGUACCAUUAUACAAUGCAGCAUGUUCUUUUUUCAGAUGGCUAGGCAUUUAUAGAGGCACUGAGCACCAUUAUACAGUGCAGCAUGAUUAUUAUAAAGCUACUGGUAGUGCAUACAAUUAUUCUGCAUUAUUAUACAGUGCAGUGAAUUCAUUAAGGGGGGGGGAUCAAAGUGUACAGAGAUAUUUAGUAUUGAUACAGAGAGCAGCAUGUUUAUUAUUGGGCUGGGAGUGUAUAGAGAUACUCAAAAUCAUUAUGCAGGUGAGCAUGCUCAUUUUUUAGUGUACAGAGAUGCUCAGCAUCGUCAUACACUGUGGCAUGGUCAUUAUCAGGGGCUGGAUGUGUAUAGAGAUAAUCUGUAUAAUUAUACAGUAAAGAGUGUUCUUUAUGAGGGGGUAGGGGAAAAUGGGGAUUAAACUGCCCCCCUGACUCAGGAAUUUGGAUCCAGCUUUAGGGGGGAAUGAUGAGCAUUCUGUAUAUUAAGGGGAUUAGCCUACCCCCUCCCCACUAAAAUAUCCCCAGAGUCUCCAGCCCUACUCCAGAAAGAGAGAAAGCACUCACCCACACAACCUCUCCAAUGCUCUUUUUAGAUGCAAUUUCUGAUAUGCAUAAGAAAAUGAUUGUACAAUAAUUGCUCAUAUGGGAAUAAAUACUAUGCAAUAUAACCUCA